AUGCCCCCUAAGUGGGACACUGCUUCCAGCUCUCAAAUAUCACUUUGUCCCAAAUCUAACGAUGAAUCCGCCUCUUACCACCUUGUUUACAUGAUCACUGGAAAUCCAGGUCUCAUCGGGUAUUACGACACAUUUCUCAAGACUUUGCACAACCGACUUUCUGAUUCCCUUCAUUUUCCUCCAAAGUCUAACACAUUUCACGUCUACGGCCAAUCUCUAGCUGGCUUUGAGGAUGACACCUGUUCUGAACCUAUGCUAGAAUCACCCUACGGCCUUGAAUAUCAGAUUCAGAGAUCUCAGAAAACUCUUGAAGGGUUGCGGAUCGAGUCGGGCCCACACAAGGGUGAGCAAUUCGACAGCAUUUUCCUAAUAGGCCACUCAGUCGGCUCUUACAUCCUUCUUGAGAUCAUCCAACGCCUCAAAAAGAGCUCAUCGCCUUUGAAAAUAAAAUCUGGAAUUCUACUGUUCCCGACAGUCACUCAUAUUGCUCAAAGUCCUAGUGGGGUCAAGAUCAGUACCUUGUUUCGGAUUCCAGACUUCCCAAGAAGAGCAAGUAUUGCUGCAAAAGGUCUGGUAUGGUUGGCUCCAGAAGGAGUUCUGAAAUGGCUCGUUGGUCUGGUGGCGAGAAUGCCACCUGAAGCUGCAGAAGUUACCACAAGAUUUUUGAAGAGCAAAAUGGGUAUUUGGCAGGCUCUGCAAUUGGCAAAGGAAGAGAUGGACAACAUCACAGAGGAUCGGUGGGAUGAGGAUAUCUGGGGGAUCGAGCAAGAAGUCGCUGAAGUGAAAGAUGAGAGACCCAAACUCAUAUUCUACUUCGGCGAUAAUGACCACUGGGUUGCGAACCAUACCCGCGAUGCUCUGAUCGCUGCAAGGGGACAGGCAGGGCCAGGAAACGAGUCAUCGAAACCCAUCAUGCUAAUUGACGAGAACGGAGUAGAUCAUGGUUUUUGCAUCAGGCAUAGCGAAAGCAUUGCCGAGAAGGUCGAGGUCUGGAUAGAUGAUAUGAUAGAGUCUCAAACAUGA